AUGCAAAAUUUAAAAAUAGCAAUUCUAGGAAACCUUGGGAGUGUUGUGUCAACAUUGGCAAUAGACAAAGACCUAAGUUAUUUCGGCAAGUAUUUGAACAAAUACAACGGAUCCUACAUACCGCCAGGAUGGCGUGAGUGGGGUGGCCUCAUCAUGAACUCCAAGUAUUACAACUACAGCAUCAAUAUGAAUGGAAAGAAGAUCAAACACGGCGAUGACUACUUUAAGGAUUACUAUCCGGACCUAAUCGCAAACGAUUCAAUAGCGUUUUUAAGAGCGUCGAAACGAAGGUUUACCAGAAAGCCUGUGCUACUGGUCAUGUCUUUCCCUGCACCUCAUGGUCCAGAGGACUCAGCGCCGCAGUAUUCGCACCUGUUCUUUAAUGUCACAACACACCAUACACCAACGUAUGACAUGGCGCCAAAUCCUGACAAGCAGUGGAUUUUGCGAGUAACAGAGAAAAUGAAACCUAUUCAUCGCCAGUUCACUGAUCUUUUGAUGACGAAGAGGUUACAAACAUUACAAAGCGUAGAUUUGGCCGUUGAACGUGUUUAUCAAGAACUGAAGGCUCUCGGUGAAUUGGAUAAUACCUACUUGGUCUAUACAUCAGAUCAUGGCUACCAUCUUGGUCAAUUUGGACUUGUAAAGGGGAAAAGUUUUCCAUUUGAGUUCGAUAUCAGAGUACCGUUCCUUGUUCGAGGACCGGGUGUUGAACCUGGCACUGUAGUGGAUGACAUAGUCCUAAACAUCGACCUAGCACCGACAUUCUUGGACAUGGGUGGAGUGGAUUUACCAGCUCACAUGGAUGGAAGGUCACUCCUUCCACUUCUGCAGCCCCGGCGGAGACGCGCUGCCGCUCGCUGGCCCGAUACAUUUUUGGUAGAAAGUUCUGGCCGUCGUGAAACUCAAGCGCAUAUACUGGAAGAACGAAUGCGUGCGCAGAAGUACAGCCGGGUAAUGAAUGAAAAAGCAACAACAGUACCGCCGUUUGAAUCAUCAUCAGAGGGCAUAGAUUUUGAUGAUGAUUCCGAUGAUGACUUCCUAGAAAUUGAGGACGAUGAUGAUAACACCUCUGAUAUGAAUAAAUCUUCGGAGCCCCUCAUGUCAAAUGAAAGCCAUAAUCCAAUUUUAGAGGCGAGUUUGGAAAAAGUGCUCGAAGAUGAUGCAGCUUCAAAUGAACAAAGUUAUUUCUUGGAAUCUGUGGAAUCCAGUAUGAUCAACGGAAAAGCAGCGCGUAUAGCUGCCGAAUGUUCCAAGGCAGAACUAAGGGCGCCAUGUUCUGAUAAACGCAAAUGGAAAUGUGUACUCGUUAAUGGACGAUGGAGGAAACAUAAAUGCAAAUAUGAGCCGGAUGUGCCGGAACCAAAAAUGAGCACAAAGAAAUGUGCAUGUUUCACCCCCAGUGGGUUAGUUUAUACUAGACUAGAAACUGAUGGUAAUAUAGCUCGACGACCAGUCGAUAUAAAGAAAUACAAUAUGACACGAUUGAAGCGGUCAACAGACAAUGACGUGUUCGAACCGAAUACUGUAGACAGUAUACUAGAAGAAAACCCUAGUAUUGGUCACCUAGGUUUUGUAAAUGAGCCAUUAAAUGCAAUGGAUAAAAAGACUGUUGAAGACAAAAUAGACAAACUUAUUAAAGAGACUGAAGCAUUCCUAGAAGCUUACGAACGUACCAAAGAAAAUAUAGAUCACCGAAGAAUUAAGAGGAAAGCUCAACAUAAACAUAAACAAAAGAAUGACGCUAUGCUAAAUGAAAAUGAAACGACAUUAGAAUGCAAAGUCGAGAAAGAUGGAACAGUUAACUGCUCUCAAGUAAUAUAUAAUGACUUAAAGGCCUGGCACACUAACAGAUUAAGCUUAGAAGAUCAAAUAAGGCAGCUUAAAACGAAGUUGGAGGACUUAAAAGAAAUAAAGAGACAUUUGAAAAUAAGUAAACCUGCUCAAGUAGAAGUACAGACAAUAAAUCCAUCAUUCAUUAUAAAUCGUAUUCAAAACAAAACCGCGGUUCAAGAAAAAAAGGAGCCAGGGCGUAAGCCUCGUCCAAACAGAAUGAAACCGAAACACAGAAACCCCAAUUAUUAUGAAAAGAAGUUGAAGCAUACAAACGAAUAUAGUAUUCCUACUGUUAAUACAAAUACACGAGAUGGCCUAUUUCAAACACAAUUAAAGAAUGAAGCGUCUACACAAUCAACUAUUGAGCACUCUAUUAAUGGCAGCGAUUUAAUCAAUUCCCAAAUUGAAGAGCUACCUAAACCACAAGUUACUACCAUUAUUACAGAUAAUAAUAAAUACAUAGACGAUAUAGAUAUAAGUACGAUUAAAAGUAGUACGCCUAACGAAGUCACCACAGAAUAUGAAAGAAUGAUAGAACUAUCCAGCAUAGAUAAUGCAGAUAAACCAACAUCUACUGAUAGAAGCACUUCGAGUUAUUUAUACACGACUUUAAAGUAUUUCCACACCGAAGCAGACAGAAUACUAACUAAUCAUAAAGUUAAAAAUAUAUCGAACACUGAAAAAACAACAGAAUCGCCUCACUUAGUUUCUAAACUGAAGCCCAUUGCAACAACAUCUAGCAGUUUGGGACCAACAAGAUUUGAUGCAUCGGAAUACGAAAAACAAAAUCCUAACAGAGGACCACCUAGUAACAUGGGUAUCUUUGAUCACCCAACUGAUGUGUUUCAAAGGCGACUUCAUCCAUUAUUUAUUGAAAACGAAGAUAAACACGUAUGUUAUUGCGAAGAGAAUCGACAGACCAAACUCAAAGGACCCGGUCAAGCCUAUAUAGAAGCCGCUCAAAGAGCGAAAGAAGAAAGGCGAAGGCUGAAAGAGCAGAGAUUACGCAAAAAGCUGAGGAAAGCUAAAAAGAAGGCUGAAUUGGAGAGGCUAUGUGAGUCGGAGCGAAUGAAUUGUUUCCGGCAUGACAAUGAGCAUUGGAGAACAGCUCCUUUGUGGACGGCUGGACCAUUUUGUUUUUGUAUGAGCGCUUCGAAUAACACGUACAACUGCUUACGAACAAUUAACGCUACACACAAUUUGCUAUAUUGCGAAUUCGUGACCGGACUCAUCACAUAUUAUAAUUUAAGAAUUGAUCCAUUUGAAACACAGAAUAGAGUGAAAUACUUGACGACAGCUGAAAAGGAAUAUUUCCACAACCAACUUCAGAAACUGCUAAGUUGUCGGGGUCCCUCUUGUAGGAGAUAUUCCCAUUCUUCUGGAGACAGCAAUGAAGAUAUGACACGACGUUAUAUAGACGACCACAUUACCUACAGAGGAGACAGUCCAGGCUAUAGCGAGAGAGCCUGGAGAUGGAGUGGCUAUGGCAGACGCUUUGCGAGAGCGCGGGAUAUACAUCGUCGCCGACACACUAUGGCGUAUUAG